AUGACUUUUGAGGGAGUAAAGUAUCCAAGUUUUAGAGAUGCAUGUUAUGCACGGGGGCUACUUGACGAUGACAAAGAAUAUAUUGAUGCAAUAAAUGAGGCAAGUCAUUGGUCAACUGCACAAGCCAUGAGGAAAUUGUUUGUCAUACUCUUGACAUCGAACUUGGUUAUUAGGCCGGAAAAUGUUUGGAAUGCCGUGUGGCAACAUCUGUCAGAGGAUGCACAGUUUAAUAGACGAAGAGUCUUACAGAAAGAAGACUUGAUAUUAUCAGAUGACGAUAAGAAGAAUUUAUGUUUGAUUGAAUUGGAGAAAUUGCUACAGUUGUACAACAAGUCUUUGAAAGACUACCCUCAAAUGCCAUUACCAAACUUCGAUGAUGCAUGGUUGGUUGAUAAUAGAUUGUUGUUUGAGGAACUGGCUUAUGAUCGUGAAGCUUUACAUGAAGAGAGUCAAAUGAUGGAAAGACAAUUAACUGACGAACAAACCAUAGUAUAUGAAACAAUCUUGGGAGAUGUAUCCUUGAACAACGGUGGAUUGUUUUUUGUGUACGGUUAUGGUGGAACCGGGAAAACAUUUGUUUGGAAGGCUUUGUCUGCAAAAUUGCGAUCUAAAGGUGAUAUCGUCAUCAAUGUUGCCUCAAGUGGUAUAGCCUCAUUACUUCUAACUGGAGGACGAACUGCUCACUCCAGAUUUGCAAUACCAAUUUCUUUAAAUGAAGAUUCAACGUGUAAUAUCAAUCAAGGUAGCCACCUCGCAGAAUUAAUUGUAAAGACAAAGUUAAUAAUUUGGGACGAAGCACCGAUGAUGCACAAGCACUGUUUUGAAGCAUUAGAUAGAACAAUGAGGGAUUUGAUGCGAUUCCACGAUCCGCUUAGUGCUGAAAAGACAUUUGGUGGCAAGACUGUUGUAUUUGGGGGUGACUUUAGGCAAAUAUUGCCUGUUAUACCUAAAGGUACAAGGCAAGAUAUUGUAUCAGCUACCAUAAAUUCUUCUUAUCUUUGGGAUACAUGUAAAGUUCUUAGGUUAACAAAGAAUCUCCGAUUAAAUAGAAUGGACCCCGAGGUUGAUCUACAACAAGUUGAAGAUUUUGCAGAAUGGCUUGCAUCUAUCGGAGAUGGAACAAUGGGAGGUCCAAAUGAUGGUUAUGCAAAUGUUAACAUCCCACAGGAAAUGUUGUUGCCAUCUACCGGUGACCAUAUAGCAACAAUUGUAGAUAGUACAUUCCCAAUGUUCAAAAAUGGUGGAUGUGACCAUAGCUACCUUGAAAGUCGAGCAAUAUUGGCUCCAACACUUGAUGUUGUUAACGCCAUAAAUGAGUAUAUGAGUCAGUUGCAUGUAGCUGAGAGCAAGACUUAUUUCAGUUGCGACACAGUUUGUAAGUCUGAUUCAAGCAACGGUAUCCUUUCAGAUGUGCACACUCCUGAGUUUCUAAAUGGAUUGCGAGCAUCUGGUAUCCCUAACCAUGCAUUAACUCUAAAGGUGGGAUCCCCUGUAAUGUUAUUGAGGAAUAUAGACCACUCGCUUGGUUUAUGCAAUGGUACGAGGUUGGUCAUCACUAGGUUAUCGGACCAUGUUGUGGAAGCAAAAAUUGUGACUGGUAACAGCUCUGGUACAAUGGUUUUAAUACCUAGGAUGUCAAUGACCCCAUCAGAUCCAAGAUUGCCAUUCAAAUUCCAAAGAAGACAAUUCCCUCUUAUGUUGUCGUACGCAAUGACCAUAAACAAAAGUCAAGGACAGACACUGUCUCAUGUAGGUUUGCUGUUGAAGAAACCAGUGUUUGUACAUGGUCAAUUGUACGUUGCUGCGUCUAGAGACGUUACACUGGUUUACAUUCCAUCUCCUGGAAUGGGUCACCUUGUUUCUGCUGUGGAAACAGCAAAGCUCCUUCUACAAACACAACAUCAACUCUCCAUUUACAAUCUUGCUCCUGAAUAUGCCUGCAAUUGA